CCAACAUGGCUUACAACAAGAUCCCACAGCGAUGGCUGAACUGUCCACGGCGCGGCCAACCGGUGGCAGGAAGAUUCUUACCUCUGAAGACGAUGCUUGGGCCACGAUAUGAUAGUCAAGUUGCUGAAGAAAACCGGUUCCAUCCUAGUAUGCUCUCAAAUUACCUAAAGAGUCUAAAGGUUAAAAUGAGCUUGUUGGUGGAUCUGACAAAUACUUCAAGGUUCUAUGACAGAAAUGACAUAGAAAAAGAAGGAAUCAAGUAUAUCAAACUUCAGUGUAAAGGACAUGGUGAAUGCCCCACCACUGAGACUACCAAGACGUUUAUUCGCCUGUGUGAGAGGUUCAAUGAAAGAAGCCCACCUGAACUUAUAGGUGUUCACUGCACCCAUGGCUUCAACCGGACCGGUUUCCUCAUAUGUGCCUUUCUGGUGGAGAAAAUGAAUUGGAGUAUUGAAGCAGCAGUUGCUACUUUUGCCCAAGCCAGACCACCAGGAAUCUAUAAGGGUGAUUAUUUGAAGGAACUUUUUCGUCGCUAUGGUGAUAUAGAAGAAGCACCACCACCACCUGUAUUGCCAGAUUGGUGUUUUGAGGAUGAUGAUGAAGAAGAUGAGGAUGAAGAUGGAAAAAAGGACUCAGAACCUGGGUCAAGUGCUUCCUUUGGUAAAAGGAGAAAAGAACGAUUAAAACUGGGUGCUAUUUUCUUGGAAGGUAUAACUGUUAAAGGUGUAGCUCAAGUAACAUUUCAACCAAAGUUAGGAGAGGUACAGCAGAAAUGUCAUCAGUUCUGUGGCUGGGAAGGGUCUGGGUUCCCUGGAGCACAGCCUGUUUCCAUGGACAAGCAAAAUAUUAGACUUUUAGAGCAGAAGCCAUAUAAAGUAAGCUGGAAAGCAGAUGGUACUCGCUAUAUGAUGUUGAUUGAUGGCACAAAUGAAGUUUUCAUGAUUGACAGAGAUAAUUCAGUGUUUCAUGUUUCAAAUCUGGAAUUUCCAUUUCGUAAAGAUCUCCGCAUGCAUUUAUCAAAUACACUUUUGGAUGGGGAAAUGGUCAUUGACAAAGUAAAUGGACAGGCUAUUCCACGAUAUCUGAUAUAUGACAUAAUUAAAUUCAAUGCACAACCAGUUGGAGAUUGUGAUUUUAAUAUUCGUCUGCAGUGUAUUGAACGUGAAAUCAUAAGUCCACGACAUGAAAAAAUGAAGACUGGGCUCAUUGACAAAACACAAGAACCAUUUAGUGUCAGACCUAAACCAUUUUUUGACACCAAUGUUUCAAGAAAGCUCCUGGAAGGGAAUUUUGCCAAAGAAGUCAGCCAUGAAAUGGAUGGACUUAUAUUUCAGCCUACUGGAAAAUACAGACCUGGGCGAUGCGAUGAUAUUUUGAAAUGGAAACCUCCUAGUCUGAACUCGGUGGAUUUUCGACUUAAGAUAACAAGAAUGGAAGGAGAAGGGUUGCUUCCACAGAAUGUUGGCCUUCUCUAUGUUGGAGGUUAUGAAAGACCCUUUGCACAAAUCAAGUUGACAAAAGAACUAAAACAGUAUGACAACAAAAUUAUAGAAUGCAAAUUUAAGAGUAACAGCUGGGUCUUUAUGAGGCAGAGAAUAGACAAAAGUUUCCCAAAUUCCUACAACACAGCCAUGGCUGUGUGCAACAGCAUCUCAAACCCUGUCACCAAGGAAAUGCUAUUUGAGUUCAUUGACAGAUGUGCAGCAGCUGCCCAAGGACAGAAGCGAAAAGAUCCCCUGGACCCUGACACAGAGCUCAUGGCACCCCCACCACCCAAGAGACUGCUCCGGCCAACCUAGUCCUGCCUGACCUCA